UUCACCUUCUGUCAUCUUUUAAAAAGAAAAAAUAUUCAACUUCCUCAUAUUCUCAAAGAAAAAGUUUUUCAUCUAUUAAAAGAAAAAAAAGCCAACGAGAAAAUAUGUCGACUGAUUCAAGUGAUUUGAAUAUGUUAACUCUCCAAGUUUGUACUGAGAACAAAGUUAAUUUAGAUUCACUUAAAAAUACAACUGUAAAUACUAAAGUGCCAGAAGCGAACGAAUUUUUGCAGGAUCAAAAUUCAAAAGAUAAAAAAAUAAAGCGACCUCCGAAUUCAUAUAUAAUUUUUUCAGUACUACUUAAUAAAUAUGGCUUAUUAGAUAUCAUCAGAAAUUUCUGUGAUAAUCAUAAAAUUAAUAAACAAAGAUUAGUUCCAAUAUCGAAGAUAAUUAGUAAAAACAUAUGGAAUGAAUUAUCAAUCGAACAUAAGAACAUUUUUUCUAAUUUAGCUGAAGAAGUUGAAAAAGAACAUAAAAGGUUAUAUCCGGAUUAUAAAUAUCAACCAAACAGAAAGAAAAGUAACGCCGUCAAAAUUAGACAAUAUAAACCUAAAAUAAAUCCGGCUGAUCAUAUUUCUUUUCCUACGAGUAAUCCAUCUAUUCAUGUGCCUGUUAUUUUUCAAGACGAAGGUAAUGGAUUUGGACAAAUGAAUGAAGGUAGUUACGAAGAUAGUUAUGAAGGUAGUUAUGAAGGUAGUCAUGAAGGUAGUUAUGAAGGUAGUUAUGAAGGUAGUUAUGAAGGUAGUUUCGAAGGUAGUUAUGAAAGUAGUUAUGAAGAUAGUUACGAAAGUAGUUAUAGUUAUGAAGAUAGUUAUGAAAGUAGUUAUGGAGGUAGUUAUGGAGGUAGUGGUAGUUAUAAUGGAAGUUUUGAUGACGACCUUCCAAAAUUUACAACAUAUGCUGCUCCAACAUUAUAACUUUCUUCCUCUCAGCAUAAAUAAUGGUUGUUAUUGAACUUUAUAAUAUAAUAUUUUUUAUCUGAAUAGAUUUGUAAUUUGGGUUUAAUCCUUUUUUAUUACAAAAUAUAGAAACUUUAGAUAUAUCAUAUAGAAUUAG